AUGCAAACAGGACACGAGCUUCUACAAACAAUUGAUACCGUUGCGAAAGAGCGUGGCAUUGAGCGACAAGAAGUUUUUACGGCCUUAGAACAAGCAAUUCAAAAAGCAGCUCGUGGUCGUUAUGGCCAAGAAUAUGACAUUCGCGCUACGUUAGACCCUGUAACUGGAGAGUUUUCUUUGAAACGCUGCCAAGAAAUUGUAGAGUCUGUAGACGACCUUGAAGAUGGCGCCACACAAAUUGUUUUAGAAGAAGCGCAAUCCAUCCGACCAGAUGCAAAAGUAGGGGAAUUUAUUGAAGAGGCGCUUACUCCUAUUGAUUUUGGGCGCGUUGCUGCACAAACAGCUCGCCAAGUUAUCUUCCAAGGCGUUCGUGAGGCUGAACGGAAUCAUCAAUAUGAAGAGUUCAAAGAUCGCGUUGGCGAGAUUAUCUCUGGCAUUGUAAAGCGUGUUGAAUUCGGCAAUGUUAUUAUUGACUUAGGACGAGCCGAAGGGUUGCUCCAUCGAAAUGAAAUCAUCCCACGAGAGGCUUUCCGUCCAGGAGACCGUGUUCGUACCUACAUUAUGGAUGUGCGCCAAGAACCUCGAGGGUCUCAAAUUUUCCUUUCUCGUUCACACCCUCAGUUUAUGGCAGAACUAUUUAAGCAAGAAGUUCCAGAAAUCUAUGAUGGCGUUAUUAUAAUCAA